GAAAGAGGACGAGAAAACAUGUGAGCGCUCACAGGACUCGAGUCACACACACAGGUUCACUGAGACCGAGCCUCUGACUCACUUGCCAGGCGCCCACUGAAGGAAUAACGACUUGAAGGGACCUCAUGGCUGUUUUCGCAGCCCACGGUGGUGUUGGGGUGUGAUUUUUCUCUCUCCAUCUGGAUGCUGUUCCACUGUCAACAUCACAGGAGAGUCACUUCUUCUUCAGCUUGUCAACACACCUGCUCGUGCACGUUCCAAACAAGUGUCCGAUUUUAACACUUCAGCACUAGUGUUUGCACUGGCGUUUUUUUUUUCGUUUUUAUUUUGGGGACUUUCUCUUGAUGAUUUUCUUUUCUAAGCGAUGAAGCACUUGCAAUUUGUCCUGGUCCUGGCCAUCGCUGUGAACGUGUGGGAGUGUGGAGACGCCAAGUUUGGCGAGCGGGGCGAGCUGAGCCCCAGGAGGAGAAGAUGUUACGACGGAAGCUCGCCCAAGCGCCUGAAGAAGAGGGAGAGGAAGGUCCUGCUCGACGGCAGCGGCAGCAGCGGGGACGCCUGCCACAGGUUGUACCCCCGCGUGUCCUGCUGCCCCACCAGGAGGGCAGCGUACCAGAUCAUGCACCGCAUGGACGCCAGGAUUUUCUCCACCAAUAACACGGAGUGUGGACGCCUUUUGGAAGAGAUCAAGUGCGCCCGCUGCUCCCCCAACGCCCAGGUGCUGUUUCACCCGUUGGACACAGACAAAGUGCCGCACAGGGAGCCAGACCUGCCUCAGCUCUGCCAGGACUUCUGCCGCGAGUUCUACUACACCUGCAGGGGGCAUAUACCAGAACUGUUUCAAGCAGAUGUGGAUGAGUUCUGCCAAUACUAUGGAAGAAGAGACGCGGGCUUAUGCUUUCCAGAUUUUCAACGAAAGCAACCACAAGAGCAAGAUUCCAACUACUUGGGAGAUGAGAAAAUAGAUGAAAUCAGCAGGAAACACAAACACAACUGCUACUGUGCUCAGGAGGUGUUGAGUGGUCUGAGGCAGCCUGUGGCGGUUGUGAACUGCGGGGAUGGAUCACAGCGGCUUUUCGUCCUGGAGAGGGAGGGCAUCGUCCGGAUACUGACCCAUGACCUCCAGCUCCUCAAGGAGCCUUACCUGGACAUCCAUAAGCUGGUGCAGAGCGGCCUCAAGGGUGGAGAUGAAAGGGGCCUGCUAAGCCUGGCAUUCCAUCCCAAUUAUAAGAAGAAUGGCAAACUCUACGUCUCCUACACCACUAACCAGGAACGCUGGGCCAUUGGACCACACGACCACAUUCUCCGUGUAGUGGAGUACACUGUGUCAAGGAAGAACCCAAACCAGGUGGACACUCGAACGGUCCGAGUCCUGAUGGAAGUGGCAGAGCUGCACAGGAAACACCUCGGAGGUCAGCUACUGUUCAGCCCAGAUGGUCUGCUGCACAUCAUCCUGGGCGAUGGAAUGAUCACCUUGGAUGACAUGGAGGAGAUGGAUGGACUUAGUGAUUUCACAGGGUCCGUCCUGAGGGUCGAUGUGGACCCGGAGAGUUGUACUUCAGCUUACUCCAUACCAAGGAACAAUCCAUACUUCAACAGCACCAACCAGCCGCCGGAAAUCUUCGCCCACGGAUUACAUGACCCAGGCAGGUGUGCUGUGGAUCGGCUUCAGUCUGAAAACAGCAGUCUCCUGAUCAUCUGCACGGACGCUGUCGGCAAAAACUCCACAGCCGGGAGGAUACUGGAAAUAACGAAGGGAAAAGAUUAUGAGAACGAGCCGUCUGUGUACGACCUGCAGUCGAGUGGAGGAGCACCACCUGUGGGGGGGUUCAUCUACAGGGGCUGCCAGUCUCGAAGACUGUACGGAAGUUAUGUGUUCGGCGAUAAAAACAGCAACCUGCGAAUCCUUCAGAAGUCCUCGCUGUCCACAUCUGUGCCCGCUGAGGAGUGGCAAGAGAAAGCCCUGUGCCUGGGUUCGACUGCUUCCUGCGGCUCCGUGCUGAUGGGACAUAUUUUAGGAUUUGGAGAGGAUGAGCUCGGUGAAGUCUACAUACUGGCAAGUAGCAAAAGCAUGUCGCAGUUACACAGCGGAAAACUCUACAAACUGGUGGACCCCAAAAGACCUCUCGCUCCGAAGGAGUGCCAGCGGCCAGUGGAGCCCCCGGAGCUGCUGAUGACGGCCUGUUCCCGACACUGCAAGAACGGACACUGCACUCCAACUGGCAAGUGCUGCUGCAGCCCCGGCUGGGAGGGGCCCUUCUGCCGAGUCGCCAAGUGCACGCCGGGCUGCCACAACGGAGGCGUGUGCAUGGAGCCCGACAAGUGCCUGUGCAAGAGCGGCUACUCCGGGGCCCAGUGUGAGAAGAGCGAGAGGGGAAUGCCCAACGACCAGGAGAAGGACGGCAUCCUGGACCACAUCAUCGGCGUCACCUCCUACCUGCUGGACCUGACAGGCUACAUCGCAUAGAAGUGGGACGUCUGUAAUCCUGAAGAACACAAAUCUACCUAGCACCACCAGCAAACUCCAAUGAGGUCUCCGUAACAUUACCUCCGAAUGGCCCUCAAACUCACUCACUCACACACAAAGCAUACGCUCACAUCACCAAACUCUUUUGCCUAUAAGCUACUGGCUCAUGAGCACCAGGCCUGGCAUCCAAGCCGUGUUUCUGAGAGCUGCGGACGGCAGCGAGCUGACGGAUCUUUGGCUCAGUCAGCCAGAACAGGACUUACAUGAGACAAGUCGAUAAAGGGACGAGCCAAGAGCAGCGUGGUUGGUGAGCCGUCUUCACAGACUUCACCUCACUGUCAAGCCAAGAACAGAGAGAGCAUGGAUCCCACGGAGCCUACAAACCUGGAAGGACGAAUACAAGAGGUCAACCAUGUUGUCGUGCUCCUGGUCCUGGUGUAUUUAGUUUGUGGGCACAUUGUCAUGAAAAGCUAAGAUUGUAAACAGUUUGUGUACCAUGUUUCGUGCGUCCAGAGACCAGCCACAGACUGUUACAGCCACACACAAGUGCACAUGCAACCGCUCGGUUUACUGUUAGCACUCCAAAGCUCGGAGAAUCAGAAAGGUUGGAUUUAGUCCACGGAAUACUUCAGUUCUGGAAUCACUAAAGUACAAUUUCAAUUCAAACUUAUUUUUUCUUUUAUCAUAAUGUAUCAUUGGAUUUCAGUAGGUCAUCGAACACACUAAAUACUAGCUGACUCCCUCCCAAAAAAGGAUGUCGGUUUGACUUCAUUUGACGGUAAAACACACACAACAUCGGUGUUACAUUAUUCAACGUCCAGACUUCGGCAGCCUCAGACUGACUGUUUUCAAGGAGUUCAAUGACCGAACCCACCGUCUCGAACAGAAUCCCCUCAACGCUGAAAUUAAGAAAUGCUAAAUAGCAUUAGCCGCAUAAGUCUAAAUUCUUCCUGUGAUUCCCAAUAAAAGAAAGAGAGACUCCACGCUCCACGACGGCGCGUUACUCAAACGGUUAUAGGGAAGCGACAGCGAUGUACAGUCUGACAGACCUUAUCUACUUAGCGUCUGCACCACAAAGCUACAACAUUUUCACUGUGCUUAUAGUCGAGUGUGUUUUUCAACAAUGUGGGAGAGUUGUUCGGAAUAAGCACUGACACUGGUGUUGUAUUGACAAUGUCCUCACCUGCAUCAGAAUGAAAUAUCGCCAUGAAACGUCGGGAAAAUAACAUUAACAUUUCUGAACUCCCUCCAUGCUUAUUUUUCUGUUCGACCAUUUCCCACAAAACACCUUUUUCCCACUCACGGUCUCAUAGUUAAUUGAAGUCCUGUGUCUGUCUCUGGCUCUUUUUUUUUUUUUUGCUGAAUGAAAUCAACUCUCCAGAUGGAACUUUUUUGCUGUAAAAUGGACAAAUAUAAUAUUUUUUUAGCACUUAAUGUGAACGUUGCAUUGUAGCUGCUGAGACAGCAUGGUGUGUGAAUAGAAUAACCAUUUUCACUAUUUAAGUAGUUACACAAAUAAAAUAAUUAUUUAAGUUCUUUAUGUCAUCGUACUGUAUGUGACCAUUUUGUAUUCAUGUAUUGUAAAUAAAACUAAGGAUAACUUUGUUUCUCUUCAGAAAUA